CUGGCACCUGGAAAAGAAGGUAGAGCAAUAAAGGGGUUAAAAAUUUCUCUGUAAUGAGGCUUUGCAACUAUGCAAAGAGAGCAUGAGAUAGAAUUGGGGAGGAGGAUCGUUGUGCAGAACACGCCUUGGCAGUAAAUACAGCUCUUUGGUAUCGGAUGCAACAAGACAAUCAGAAGGCACUGGCUGGUUUGCAGCAAGCUGUGGUUUGGGGAAAGUGGCCAGAGGUUGUCAAGCCCUGAGCCCUGACCACUGCCUCCAUCCCUGGGGUCCCUCUUGGGCAGAGAGGCAGCAAGAUGACAUGAAUGCACUAGUGGAGUCCUGGGGUGUGUGACACUGUUGCUGUGAUUCUCUCUUCCCCUUUUUGAUCUUUCCUAGUCAGCCCAGGUAGUUGGCAAAGGGAGAUGUGCUUUGGGAAAUGAGUGCUGCUAAAGUGGACAACCAGUGUCAGACAGCAGCUCGGAUUGUCACUGACCUCUGCCGUAAGAAGAGUCUACCCAGACUGGACUUGGACACCUGCAAGGAGUUCCUCCUCUUCUCUCCAGACCUCAGUGUCCCUGAGCCAGAGCUCUCCAUCAGCCUCCUUGCAGUGAUAGUUAUUGUAUGUGGACUGGCCCUGGUGGCAGUUUUUCUCUUUCUUUUUUGGAAGCUGUGCUGGGUGCCCUGGAGGAAUAAGGCUAUUUCGACUAACACCCCCACCUCCCAGUUUUCAACAGAACACGAGAAAGAGACCAUGGCUGACAAGCUAAAGGACACAGGCACUAUUGGUUUCUUGGAGGCAGCUGUGAAAAUAAGUCACACAUCGCCAGAUAUUCCAGCAGAGGUCCAGAUGUCCAUGAAAGACCACCUCAUGAGGCGUACACGGAUGCAGAGGCAAACAACAGAACCAGCAUCUUCCACCAGGCACAUUUCUUUCAAGAGGCACCUGCCCAGGCAGAUGCAUGUCUCCAGUAUGGAUUAUGGCACAGAAUCACCACCAGUAGCAGAACAGCCAACUUGCAUUGGUCGGAUCAAGCCAGAACUGUACAAGCAGAAAUCUGUAGACUCUGAGGACCCCAAGAAAGAGUCAGAAAAAAACUGUGGGAAAAUAAAUUUUUCUUUGAAAUAUGAUUAUGAGAAUGAGACACUGAUUGUGCGAAUCCUCAAAGCUUUUGACUUGCCAGCCAAAGAUCUCUGUGGCAGCUCUGAUCCCUAUGUCAAGAUCUACCUCCUGCCUGACAGGAAGCGCAAAUUCCAGACACGUGUACAUAGGAAAACUCUCAACCCCACAUUUGAUGAGUGCUUUCAGUUUCCUGUACCCUAUGAGGAGUUAACCAAUAGGAAGCUCCACCUUAGUGUCUUUGACUUUGACAGGUUUUCCAGGCAUGACAUGAUUGGGGAGGUGAUCUUAGAGAACCUCUUUGAGGCUUCGGAUCUUUCUCGGGAGACCUCCAUCUGGAAAGAUAUUCAGUACGCCACAACUGAAAGUGUGGACCUGGGAGAGAUCAUGUUUUCCCUUUGUUAUCUGCCAACUGCAGGUCGUCUCACAUUAACAGUCAUUAAAUGCAGGAAUCUUAAAGCAAUGGAUAUCACUGGCUACUCAGAUCCUUAUGUCAAGGUGUCUUUGCUCUGUGAUGGAAGGAGACUGAAAAAGAAGAAAACCACCAUAAAAAGAAACACACUUAAUCCUACAUACAAUGAGGCAAUAAUCUUUGACAUCCCUCCAGAGAACAUGGAUCAAGUCAGCCUGCUUAUCUCUGUUAUGGAUUAUGACCGAGUUGGCCAUAAUGAGAUUAUCGGAGUUUGUCGUGUCGCAAACAGCGCUGAAGGAUUAGGCCGGGACCACUGGAAUGAAAUGCUGGCUUAUCCACGCAAACCCAUUGCACAUUGGCACCCCUUGGUGGAAGUGAAGAAGUCCUUCAAGGAGCAAAAUCCAGCACCUGUUGGAAGUGUCCCCAAGGCAGUGAUCCCAGUAGCAGAGUCAUUCCACUCUUUUUCUCCUCUGAUGUCUCAUUCGAAACAUUCCAAGUGGCAUGGCCGAGCAGCUAGCUUUGACAGUCAAGGCUCCUGUCCCUCUCCUAAACCACCUUCAACACCAUGAUACAUUGAGUGGUGACUCCAUCUAGACUCAACCAUGUUCUUUCAUUUUGUUUUGAUUAUUUCCUCAUGUAUCCUGAAUACUAAGCAACCUGUUGCUGAGUAACAGCAGAAAUGGACAGCCAACGCUGAGACGACUUGUUCCUGCAGUGGCAAAGGCAGCAAAGCUGUUUUGUGGUCUGAUAUAUCUUUGUUAUUUAUGUCUCUCAAAGUGAUAUUCUCUGUGGUUUCCACUUUUUGGAUGAGGUUGCCUGGACAAAUGAAGGACAAGUGAAAUGUAGGUUGGAAUGGGGUUCUGUAAAAUAACAUGUAAAAUAGCUAUUUGUGUAUGUAUGGACAGGUCACAGAGAAAUCCUGACCUUCUGCCACUAACCACAUAGAUUUAAGAAGGGAAACGUAAAAA